UUCUUGCCUGGAUUGAUACACGAUUUGGAAGCUAAAUUUGGGAGCUGAUUUUGCACUUGUGAGAAAAGACUAAGCAUGGCCAGCAAUAAAGAUGAUGAUGGACUGUUGAACAGGAUUGCAUUUUCAGGAGCAAUGCCCCUGGCUAACAGCCACAUCCGUCCCCACGGGGUUCCCCUGAGAGAACCCUUUGGGGUUCCCAUCCACCUAGACCCGUCGUACUGGGAGCGAGCCUAUGGUGGGCAUGCAGGUCGCAUCUCCUACGUCCCAUUCCCUGGCUACGUGGGUGUCUAUGACUAUUCCUUUGAGCCUGCCUUCAUUCGGAAGAGGAACGAGAGAGAAAGACAGCGGGUGCGCUGUGUGAACGAAGGCUACACACGCCUGAGAGAGCACCUGCCCAAGGAAUUUGCUGACAAGCGCCUCAGCAAAGUGGAGACCCUGAGAGCAGCCAUAAGCUACAUCAAGCACUUGCAGAGCUUGCUGGACUGCUAUCCCCUGGGGUCUAGCAGUAAGGAAACGCUCGCCACCAAGGAGCUUCUGGAUGAUCCCAGCCCCGGUCCUCUGCGGGAGUGCAACAGUGAUGGAGAAUCGAAAGCCUCCUCAGCCUCAUCCCCCUACAGUGAAUUCGAGGAGGUGGGUAGCUAG